UGUUCUUAUAUGAUCACAAUCGCCUUUUUCUUGAAGGGAAAAGGGAAAUUUUAAUGUAUAGAUAUUUUUUGUGACCGUCGGAAUUGUAAGUAUGUCCCGAAAAAACAUUUUCGGAAUUUUUGUCGUCCUGUACAAAAAUUGUAUAUAGCUCCGCCCCAUUUAUCAUGACCUGGCGCAUGACCUCAGAAAAUCUGAAGUUCUCCGCGCACAAUGGAGAGCGGUGAGAAAAAAAGUAGAGGUAGGAGGGCGAUUUUAAGCGAAUCGGAAAAGAAAAGACGAAGGAAAGAUGUUUUAUCCAACAUAAAUAAAACAAGAAUAUAUAUCGGCUGUGAAAUCGAUCGUUGGAAUAAACUUCGGGAGACGCUAGAGGGAAAAACACACAUGGAAACAGCACGAUUUCUUCUGGACCAUUAUGAAUCUACGAAGCCUGUCCGUCCAAUUGAUCCAAGUGUAUCGCCAUGUUUUAACACCGUUGGCGGUAAUGUUACACCUUUCCGACCUGGACCAAUCCAACCAUCAAAAUUCUACCCUAAACUAACAUCAACUCCUGGAACUGAUCCCUUGCACACCCUAACAGAUGCAGUGAACAAUGAGUCUUUUGUCUGCAUGUCAGGAGUUGAAGAGAUGGGAGCAUCAGACUCAGAACUUGAACAUACUUUAGACAUCAAUUCGAAGGAGUGUACAUCAAAGAAAAUCAGUCUUGGAAGUAGUUUUGUGGACCCCUUUUCAAUCACCAUUGACAUGUCUGAACCUGAUGUUCAAGAAGAAGAAUCAUCAGACGAAGACUAUGAACCAAGCAUCACAAUCAAUUUAAAGGAUGAGCUCGAGGAUGUCGGUUCAGACAAGGGUGAAUCCUCAGACAGUGAGGAGGAGUCUGAUGAAGAAUUCAAUCCAGAGUUGUUUAAUGUAGGACAAGGCAUAAACCAUAUAACUUCAGCAAAUGAUGUCAAUGAUGCCAUACAGAAUGUUUUUAUGGUUUUUGAAGACCAGCUAUUAUCCCUGGCAAACACUGUGGUGCCCAUGACUUGUACCUCAGAGGGUUGUUUAUCCAGAGUUGAGCUGUCUACAGAGUGUGUGGGUUCAGCUGUUUACAUUCAUUGGAAAUGUAUGAAUGGUCACAAAAUUCAUUCAUGGUGCUCACAGCCUCUACUGAACAAACGUCUCCAUGCAGGAGAUCUCCUCUCAGCAGCCAGCAUAUUACUGUCAGGCAAUAAUUAUCAGAAAAUUGCACAUUUUGCGAAAUUUUUGCGACUGCCAUUUCUAUGUGCCACUACAUUUAGCAAGAUACAAAAGACCUAUUUAAUCCCAGCUGUGGAUGAGUAUUGGUGUAAUCAUCAGGAGAAUAUACUUGCAAACUUUCGAGGAAGGGAUAUUGCCAUUCUUGGAGACGGACGGAUGGAUAGUCCUGGCCAUAAUGCCCAAUAUUGCACAUACACGUUCAUGGAAAACAGCACAAAACAGAUUCUUUGUGUGAUUACAAUGGACAAAAGGAUGACUGAUCGCAAAAGUACUAAUCUGGAAAAGGCAUGUUUUGUUAAAGGACUACAGUUUCUUCUUCAAAAUGACAUACAGGUGAUAGAGGUUAUCACUGAUGAGCAUUUGCAGAUAUCUGCCCUUAUGAAGAAAGAAUAUCCUCAAAUAAAGCAUUCAUAUGAUGUAUGGCACGGUACGAAGAAUUUGACAAAGAAGUUGGUGGCUGCAGGACAGGAAAGAGGGAACAGACUCCUACUGCCUUGGAUUAAAGACAUUGUCAACCAUUUUUGGUACUCUUCAAAGAAAGCUGAAACAUACGAGGAAUUUAUUGUAGGUUUUUUUUUAAAGAAACAAAAGUAA